AUGUUUUCAGCAUCAUCGCCAACGUCACUACGGCAAUGCUCCCUCCUCGCAGCGGGCUUGUUCUGCUUGGGCGCCUGGCAACCGGUCCUGGGCGCGCCGGUGGACGGCCUGUUCAUCGAUGGUCGAGAUGAGAAGGUCAUUCAGCCAAAGAUCAACACCGACUUCCCAGACCCCGCCCUCAUUCAGGGCGACGACGGUCUGUGGUACUCGUUCGCGACAAACAGCAACGGCAAAAACAUCCAAGUGGCCAAGGCCUCUCAGAUCUCGGGGACGUGGGAGCUACUCGACAACGACGCCCUGCCGAAGGUCGGCUGGGCCUCGGGAUCCAACACGUGGGCGCCGGACGUGAGGAAGCUGGACAACGGGUCGUUCAUCAUGUACUACUCGGGCGAGGUCAAGGACGGCGGCGGGCGGCACUGCAUCGGCGUGGGCAUCUCCGACAUCAUCACCGGCCCCUACACCCCAACGCAGGAGCCGUGGGUGUGCCCGUUUGACCAGGGCGGCGCCAUCGACGCCGCGGGCUACUUCGACGAGCCCACCAAGAAGCGUUACGUGGUCUACAAGGUGGACGGCAACAACGUGGGCAACGGUGGCGACUGCAACAACGGGGUCCCGCCGCUCGUCGACACGCCCAUCAUGUUACAGGAGGUGGAAGCGGACGGGAUCAGCAAGGUCGGCGACCCGGUGCAGAUCCUCGGGAGGACAGAUGCCGAUGGCCCGCUCGUCGAGGCGCCCAACCUCAUACGCACCUCGGACGGGCUGUACAUCCUCUUCUUCAGCAGCUUCUGCUUCAACUCGGACAAGUACAACGUCAACUACGCGACGAGUAAGAGCCUCAAGGGCCCCUACCAGCGGGCGUCGAGGAUGCUGCUCAAGACGGGCGACUUCAACCUCACGGCGCCCGGCGGCGCGACGAGCGUCGUGGGAGGCGGGCAGAUGGUGUUUCACGGCAACUGCCCCAAGACCUCGCCUCAGCGGUGCAUGUACCAGACCGAGUACUCGGUUACCGGCAGAGAUGUAAUCAUCAGUUGA